AUGGUAAAGUAUGUCGUUCUACGUGCGGAGGAUGUACUCUAUGGAAAAAUAUAUCCUAAACUCGGCUGGGAGCCUGUUGGAUGUGAAUACUACAGGGAAUGGUUGGUGAGGAAGUGUAAGGAAAGAAAUGAACUUAAUAAACUGAACCUGGAUGAAAAAAUUGCUGAUGCUAGAAUUAAGGUUGACCACUCGGGUGGUGUGUCUGAUAAAGUGCGGGAAGAGUAUGGGUAUAUCUAUGGAAGCUCUUGCAGAAACUGCGGUAACCGUUUCAUAUCAGGGUCUAAUGAGAUACGCGACCGUUGUAAACGGAGAAUAUGUGGUGGUUGCUCUAAAGUUACUACCCCAAAGUUGGGAUGUGUGAGGUCACAUUCAAGGGGACAAGCCUGUGAUUUCCGUGGUAGGUAUAAGGGUUACGACUGCUUUACGAGUGGACCAGCGACGGGGUACGGUGGGGGCUGAAAACCGUACUGUGCCUGCUGAUUUUUAUUACCUGAAACUCCGUUUAGUUAAACUUCUGGUGUGGGGGUAAAGGUGGUUUCCAUGACUGAGGAAUUUACCCGUAUUUCUUAUGACAAUUUAUCUAUCAAUUAAUUUAGAAAUGGUCCCGCUCCGUAGAGUGCUGAAAAAAUUACUCGUAUUUAUAGUGUUUACACAUAAGCUCUCUCUGGAUGUUAGCACUGUGAUUCUGACGAUGAAAGUUGUCACUCAAAUGGAAUUCUUAUCUGGUAAUAAAAGUAGCCUCUGUGAGAGUAACUGGGAACUAUUAACUGUAAUUGAAACAGGUAACUGGUAGUUUUGUGAUCACGUCUUACGUUUAGAUAGGGGUAAGUCAAAAGUUGUUAGAUAGGCUUUACAAUAGAAGUUUUCGUUAACGUGAGCUUAUGAUGGGUUCACUGGAUAUCACAGUCUGAUUGCAGGAAUGGUGAUGUGAAUGAUUGAGUUUUACUAGAAUAUCCGUGUAAUAGUAAAAUUAGUCCUUGUGGGGUUUGUGGGGACUGAUUAUGUGUGAUUGAAACAGGUAUCUGAAGGUUUUAUGAGUAUGAUGUGUGUUUACAUGGGAGUAAGUUAAAAGUUGUCAGAUAGGCCUCACAAUAGAAGUUUCCGUUGAUAUGCAGGGAAACUGAGCCUGCAAGUAAAAUUGUAGUAUGUAGUGGUCAGCGGUCUUCAUGACCUUGUAUGACCUUCACGAUUAGGUCAAAAAUACGGGUAUUUUUACCGAUAAUUUAGCUUGAAUUAAUUAAUUUUGAGACAAAAACCUCAGAUGCCGUCUAGAAUGAGCAAAUUGCUGCUUGUAGAGGGUCCCGGUGAAGAAAAACCUAUUUUAUUCGAUUUUUUUGAUAAUUUAGCUUUGAAUUAAGUUUUAGACAAAAAUCUCAGAUGCCGUCUAGAAUGAGCAAAUUGCUGCUUGUAGAGGGUCCUGGUGAAAGAAAACUGCCCUUACUCGAUUUUUGAAAAGUGGUCUAGAACCGCUACUUCCUAUACUACUUACACUUGGCCCGUAAAGUUCCUCCCGCUAGCAUUUUCGCGCACCCUAUAAUAAAGGUACUUUUGAGAGGCAGACUGAGAGACAAAAUAUCGUUAUUAUGUAUUUUUCAGUUCGCUCCCCAUCGGCGCUUCCAGUGACCGACUACAUCGAGUAUUACACUAUAUACUUUCAUUACCUACUAAGGCUAGACUGUUUUUACAACAAUUGUGAUAUUACUUUUCAAACUAUGAUUACUCUAACCCAUCCUGUCUUAUUUCCCUGGGGGAGGAAAUCGAAGCACCCGGAGAAAACCCACGACUCUCUGCGGAGCGUUGACUGACUCUCUUCACAUGAGUCCACCCCUGAAAAAACUCUCCUGAAAAGCGAGAAAAAAUGUCCUUGAAAGUUCUGGAUUUCUAUAAUUAUGAAGGUGUACGAACCUUGGAGCUAUUGUUAAAUUUCACUUAGUUCCUUCUUCUUUAGGGGAAGUUGUUGUAACUUUGGAGGACGCUGAGGAUUCUACUAAAAAGGGCAAAUGUAUUAUUCCUAAAUGCAAAGAAGAAAUAAAAUACAGUUCAUUCUUCAUCUUGGGUUUUCGCUGAUAUAAAACUUUCAAACGCUUUUCUAUGAGUAAAAUCUAAUUUCUGUAUUGAUAAUUUUCAUUGUGAACAAUGUAGUGCAGUGGUUAAAUAAAAUAAUGC